GAUCGGCUUCAUUAAUGGCACGGCUCCCCCCCACUUUCGUAGAAGAGCUUCGCGCUUCUGAUCCACCACCCACUUCGCCCGCCCGCCCGCCUCGAUCUCAUCAAUAAGAAGGAGAGUGCCAGAGAAGCAGCAGAAGAAGCGACGCCGGCAAUGGAGCCCGAGAGGAAGCUCGCGGAAACCCCAAUCGGUGGCGUCGAAGACCACAGCGACGACGGCGAGUGGAAAAAGGUGGCUCUUUUGAGAGAACUCGUCGAAGUUCAAGACCCAGAUUCCAAGGAAGUAGAUGACUUGAUGCUGCGAAGGUUCUUGCGGGCACGAGAUCAAGAUGUCAACAAGGCUGCUGCUAUGUUCUUGAAGUGCUUAAACUGGAGGAAAACUGCAGUGCCUAAUGGUUUCAUCGCAGAGGAAGAAGUUGAGACCGAACUUGCUCAGAAAAAGUUAUGCAUCCAAGGACUCAGCAAGGCAGGCUGCCCGAUUGGGGUCAUAUUUGCAGCGAGACACUUCUCUUCCAAUCGGGACAUGCAUGUGUUCAAGAAUUUCUGUGUUUAUGUCCUCGACAAACUCUGUGCAAGUAUACCAAGUGGGCAAGAGAAGUUCGUUGGCAUUGUAGAUUUUAAAGGUUGGGGUUAUUCCAACUGCGAUAUUCGCGGGUAUUUAGCGGUUCUUGACAUCAUGCAGAAUUGCUACCCGGAAAGGCUGGGGAAAGUCUAUUUAGUUCAUGUUCCUUAUCUUUUCAUGAAGGCAUGGAAGAUCAUAUACCCAUUCAUUGAUAACAAUACCAGGAAAAAGAUUGUCUUCGUCGGGGAUAAGAAUCUGAAAGAUACUUUGCUGGAAGAGAUUGAUGAGAGCCAGAUACCAGAUAUAUAUGGAGGAAAAUUGACCCUGGUUCAAUGAUAUAUUCAUUAAUGAAUAAUUAUUCAAAAGUUUAUGAUAAUUUAUGAGUUUAAUUAUGAACUCUAAAGCUACUCUUGUUAAAGAUUUAAGUAUAAGAAAAUUAUGAUUUAGCAUGAAAUAAAUGAGAAAGUGCUACUCUUAUUCUCUUUA